GGGCAGGCAGGGUUUUUGUUGCCACAUUGCAAAAUCAUUGUACAAUGGUGUACACUUGCUGUGUACUCAUCUAAAGUGUUGAACAAACUGAUUUCAUCUAUUCGCGCCUGCGAUGAGCAGCAUGCAGGACUAACAUGGAAAGCUUUUUGAGUCUACGUGCACUUUCCUCAUGCGCUGAGCUCCGGUUUCUCGCUUGCGUUGUCUCGAUUAUGCUUCAUCUCUUCUCCUAAACUGUCUCAAUUGCUCAGCCCUUUUUAUGAUAUACCCAAAGUUUUUCAUCUGAGGAGCCUCCAUGUUUUGACCGACAACUAUCUUAAUUGCCGCUCAAAUCCUCUAAAUAUUAGAGCCUACCAUUACAACGUUCCUUUUCAUCAAAUUCACAUGCCGAAGAUGACAGACAAUAGUACUUCCUACAUGCCAACAUCGCUUACUGCGCCACAGUACACUUUUCCAGCCAAUGACGAUGGAAGCCGGAUGGAGUUUACAUUUGGCGAAGACCAUAGUUUGACCGAAUUGCUGCGCGAUAUUUGUCUAUGUGGGAAAAAGCGACGUCUUUCCAGAGGGGAAAGAAUGGAAGCCGAAUGGCUCGCUGGCAGACGAAGCGCUGAAAGAGUUGGACACCUUCAAUCAGCGCAGCGUAUCCAGAGGAUUCAAACUCGCUCUCUGCCUACCAAUCGGCCAUUAUCAAAUCCGCCGAGUAUUCAUAGUGGUGCGAUCCGACACCUAUCUGUCGUCCAAGAAGAGUCAGGACCGUCGGUCGCCACGCAAGUGGAGAGGGUUUCAGCAAGUGAAGCUGUACGCAAGCACUGGAGUGGUCAAACACAACUCAUCAGAUUACAUACUGACCAAGGAAAAAUUCAGAGGUCACUGGCAAAAUCAAACGUGAAACACACAAACCCCCGAGAGGCCGCGACUGGAAGUUCAAGCCAGCGGAAGAGCAACUCAGGCGAUCGACUAACAGAGGACCAACCCUGUGGCACGGCUGAAAUGAAUUCGGCUCGUUCAUCAAAAAGAAAAACUCGUACAGCUAGGUUUCGUAGCUCAACAACUCAUGAACCGACAAGCACCCAAAAUCCCGAGAGAAGGCCUGGGAAAUCGAGAGAUGAGCACGUAAGACGCGUUGGCACACAUGGCAUAUUACAUACCACAAUUCUCACCACUGCGACAACGAUACGCAGUUGGCUCGUAGGAGAUCAUACGCCAACCGACGGAGAGCAUCAAGGUUUGGUAACAAUACCUAUGACCCCACUAUCUAUUCCUGGAACGGCACGUACCCCCGGAACUCCUCGGGAAAGUGUAUCUCCGAAGACAUCAAUAUCUCCACACGAUGGUGGCAAUUCUCACAGCGGUGGGACGACAUGAGAAGAGAGAGAUGAGAUAUCCGGUGCGAACAUACCACCAAGUCGCGUAUCAACAGCAGAGCAACUACAGAGAGAAAACAUGAACGCUCAAUCAAAGGAAAAACCGUAUUGGAUGCGCACGCGUAUGCUUCACCUAUUAUUUACUUCUUGUCCUAAAGUCUAGAUCAAUUCCAUACAUUUCAUGAAUCAGAG